AUGAACACUGACAUUAAUAAGAUUAAUAAGCGUACGUCAAAUUUCACUGCCUCUGAAAUAGAUGUACUAAUAGCAUUAGUCAAAAAGUACAAAGGAGUAAUUGAAUGCAUGAAAACAGAUAAUAAUGAAAAAGAUGCCUGGAUAAAAAUUCAAAAUGAAUUUAAUUGUCAAUUGCCAGAAACCCCUCGCACAGCCAUUAUCUUAAAAAAUAAAUAUGAAAAUGUAAAAAGAAAUGUUAAAAAGCAAUACGCUGAAGAAAAAACUUUUAGUCGUGGUACUGGUGGUGGUCCAACUAAAGUGUUUCAAGGAACAUCAAUCGCAUCGACAGUUGGUGAAAUCCUACAAACCAGAAUGACAGGUGAAACCUCUAUCUAUGAUUCAGAUAC